CUCCUCCAUCCCAUCUCUCCAUCUCUCCAUCUCGCCUCUCUCCUUUCCUCCAUCACCUCUCUCCUCACUCUCCUCACAUUGUCAUUGUCACUUGUAACCUUUGACCGGUGCUCUGCACCCACGAGAAUGGUCCAUCGCGCCCCACCCCACGCUCACCCUCGAAUACCUCCUCAGUGCUGCGCCAUCACAACUCGACAUCACUAAACGAGACAACACCGCCAUCACGAUUCCGCGAAUACCCUCCCCUAGCGCCGGCCCCGCGCCGGCGCUUAUCAAGCCCACGCCCAUGAAACAGAAGAGCGCCCCUGGUGACGCCAAGAGCACUUUGCCUCGCGCCCCGCCCACAGUGGGCAGUAACGGCGUCCCUAAUGUCAAGGCGACCGGUCGAAGCGAAGGUCACGCCAACAACCUCAGCAACGGCAGCUCGCCCACGCCUCCAGCUGUGACUCCGACACCGGCUGAUGCCUCCGACAGUCCCGCCAUGGCUAAAGUCGCCGCUCCGGCUCCACACCACCCUUCACCCGGCUACACUCCCAGCGGCAUUGCGCCCUCCGUGACAGGCAUCAAGGAGAAGGAAGCACCUCGUCGCCCGUCGCCGUGGUCUGAGAUAGCGCCGAUAGCUGACUCGCCACUCAGCCGGCGCGGAAGCGUUCACUCAUUCACGCCGCCGUUCACUCCCUCGCCGCGGUACGACAGCGAUGACAGUAUGGCCGGGAGCGUCACGUCGCAGGCAAUGCGUGAGUGGGACCGGCUUGUGGCUACGCCAAACAACGACUUUACGCGACACGCUCUGGUUCCCAGUGCUCGCGGCUUACCUAAACUGGCAGCGGAGCGCGACCGCGAGGGCCACAUCGAGUACAAGCUCAAGCUUAUAGAGCCGAGUCCCGAGCGCCUCGCAAGACUGGUCACCCAGAUGCUCUGGCGCCUCAAGCAGGGCGGCAAUGAGGCGAUCUACGAGCUGGGCCUUGCCGAUGACGGCACAGUGAUAGGCUUAACGCGCGCGGAGAUGGACGCCAGCCUCGCCACGCUGGAGCGCAUGGCCGCCGAAGUGGGUGCAACGGUGCUUGUCCUCAAGGAGAUUGUGCUCGCUGCGCAGCCUGAGCGCCGUCCCGACCUCGACGAGCACGGUCGCCCCCGAAAAGGCACGCGCGUGCUGGAGGAGAAGAAGCGCAAGACGCCCGAGCCACCGCGUCUAGGUGCGCGCGCCAUCAUCUUCAGCGACAGCAACUCGGCCAACUCGGCUGAGGAGGAGACUGGCACGGACACGGACAUAGACACGGGCAUGGAGGAUGACGUUUUCCCUCUUGAGAUGGAGCGCAAGAAGCCCAUGGGGCCGCUAGACUAUGAGGCCGCCGCGCGUGCCGAGGCCAAGCGUCGCAAAUCGGCUGCUCGUAGAGAGGCGCGCCGGCUCGACCUUUUGCGUGGUGACGGCACUGGCCUGCCGUACGCCGAGCGCAGCAGAUCUCCCGUCGCCGAGUUCAUCGGCAAUGCGCCAGCCAAGGGCAUUCCCGCACUCCCGCACGUGCCGGGGCCCAGCAGUUUGCGCCUCGGUCGGCCCCGGGUUGAGGGGAACGUGGACGACGCGUUCCUCGACGGCUUAGUGCAUCCGCUCGACAACUUGAGUCUGAGCUUCGCCGACGUGCAUUCCGCCGCACCUAGCGCCGCGACGUCUCCCACCAAGCCCUGCUUAUUGGAGGAGGGGCAACUGGACCCGGCGCUCGCCCCGCCCGGCAAGGAGCUCAUCUGUGUUGAGGCGCUGGUGGUGCGCAAGCAACAAGGUGACGAGUGGGGGUAUGGCGGCGGAAAUGAUGGAUGGGGCUUUGGUGGCGAGGCUGAGGCCGACGCCGACGACGGUUGGGGGUUCUAGUAUUCGCUUGCAUUAUUUGUGUGCUGCAUACAAACUGUUUGAUUCGAGUGAGGUAGUGUUGUUAUGUCUCCC